AUGACAAGCCUUUCGAGGUUUAGUGGCUGCCCUCUCUCUUGCGUCAACCCCGGGGAGAGCAAUACUGAACCCAGCGUGGUGCUGCCACCUUUGGCAGGAGAGCACAUGGGACACCCCACUGGCAGUUCCUUAAAACUCUGCCCCUCGCACAAUUUGCGAGACUACCCCGAGACGAGGUCCAGUGCAUAUGUUGACCAUUCGGUUCCCAAUUUUGCAGACUCUGGAUACCCUAGCCACCGGUUAGAGCACAGCCCUAGGGGCAUUAUCAUUGGAGCCAAUCUUUCUGGAGCCGGCAUGCCACCCGUCACUGAUCAACUGGCAUCAAGAGCUAAUCAACAUGGCGGGAUUGGAAGGUAUCGUGACUUUCCUGGCUGCAGAGACAACAGAAGCCAUGCUUUUUUUACAAGUUAUCAAGAGCAGGCCCAUGCCUCCACCGACGCAUCUCGAGAUCUCGGCAGCCAGAUGAUGCUGGGUCUACCUGGCGACCUCCUCACUCGGACUCAUCAUUAUGGCCAAACUAUCAGCCCCAAGGGAAACAGCCAGCAACUUGUCACACAAUUCCUGGGUCUGUACAAACCCCUCAACAUGGCAAUUCAGCGUGGAGGAGGCGACGCUUUCCUCAGGUGCUCCAGACAAACAGUGAAGCAUGAGCUGGUGUGCAAGUGGAGUGACGGCCAAGAGGGGGCUGGGAAGCUGCCUUGCUCCAGAGCCUUCGGGACCAUGUAUGAACUUGUCACCCAUGUGACAGUGGAGCAUGUCGGAGGACCAGAACACUCUGAAUAUGUUUGUCACUGGGAGAAUUGUCCGAGAGACAGGAAGCCUUUCAAAGCCAAAUACAAGCUGGUGAACCACGUCAGAGUCCACACAGGGGAAAAGCCCUUUCCCUGCCCCUUUCACGGCUGUGAGAAAGUUUUUGCAAGAUCAGAAAAUCUUAAGAUCCACAAAAGGACUCACACAGGUGAAAAACCUUUUAAAUGUGAGUUCGAGGGCUGCAACCGGAGGUUUGCGAACAGCAGCGACAGAAAGAAACAUUCUCACGUGCACUCCAGCGAUAAACCCUACAUGUGCAAGGUCAGAGGCUGCGACAAGUGUUACACCCACCCAAGCUCCCUGCGAAAGCAUAUGAAGCUCCACUGCAACAAGGCCCACGACGCCAAAAGCGGUGACGCGCGUUCUGGUGACGGGGGUCACAUUGUGGAGGCCAGGUCAACCCGAAUCCCGGAUGGAGCCCAGAUCAGCCCCCCUCAUCCCCCCAGCUCAGCUCAAGAUGUCCCCAUGUCCCCAGAGAGUCGAGACGAGUCGACUCCGAGGUCACGUUUCCAUCACACGUUUGACAGCAGUUUGGACUACUCCACUCACAGGUCACAGCCCCUCUUGGACCCUUUGUUGCUUCAGAGAGGCAGCUACAGGUCCCAGUCCUCCCAGUACCCCUGCAGCCAGACAGGUCACACUUUUGCCCAGAGCUCAAGGACUUUCCCCUCCACUUCUCCCUUUCAGAAAAGUAUUGUCAAUGGAUGGUACACAUGCCACAGCGGCGUGGACUCCUUCCCACCAAAGCAAUGUAAUAACAUCCCAUCUCUCUGA